AGGGUCCUGGUGGUUCAGUUCCCUCGUUCCUGUUGUUGGUCGGUCCUGCCAUGGCCCUGCUGCGGCUGCUGGCGCUGGGGGCAGCCCUGGGGCGCCGCAGCUGCUGCUCCAAGCCCUCGCUGCCCCCCGACUUUGUGGAGGCCCUGAGCGCCGUGGUCGGGGCCCCCAACGUCUCCACGGCCUCGGCGGUGCGGGAGCAGCACGGCCACGAUGAGUCCAUGCACCCCUGUGCCCCCCCGGACGCCGUGGUGUGGCCCCGGUCGGUGGGGCAGGUGCAGGAGUUGGCUGCGCUCUGCUACGGCCACCGAGUGCCCAUGGUGCCCUUUGGCACCGGCACCGGCCUCGAGGGCGGUGUCAAUGCCGUGCAGGGCGGCGUCUGCUUCGACCUGAGCCGCAUGGACACCAUCGCGGAGCUGAGCCUCGAGGACUUCUCGGUGACAGUGGAGCCCGGUGUCACCCGCAAGGCCCUCAACAACCACCUGCGUGGCACCGGGCUCUGGUUCCCUGUCGACCCCGGGGCAGACGCCUCUCUGUGUGGCAUGGCGGCCACGGGCGCCUCGGGCACCAACGCGGUGCGCUACGGCACCAUGCGGCCCAACGUGCUCAACCUGCGCGUGGUGCUGCCGGACGGGCGCCUGCUCCACACCGCCGGCCCCGGGCGCCAGGCCAGGAAGCGGGCGGCCGGCUACGACCUGACCUCGCUCUUCGUGGGCUCCGAAGGCACCCUGGGCUUCCUGACGCAGGCCACGCUGCGCCUGCACCCGCUGCCCGAGGCCACCGCCGCCACCAUCGCCUCCUUCCCCGGCGUGGGGGCAGCUGUGGCGUGCACCGUCCAGGUGCUGCAGGCUGCCGUGCCCGUGGCCCGCAUCGAGUUCCUGGAUGAGGUGAUGGCAGACGCCUGUGGCCGCUACAGCGGGAUGGGGCUGCCCGUGGCAGCCACGCUGCUCCUGGAGCUCCAUGGCUCCCGGAACAGCCUGGCUGAGCAGCAGCGACAGACGGAGGAGAUCGUGCGGCUGAACGGCGGCUCCGGCCUGGCGUGGGCGGAGGGGCUGGAGGAGCGCGGGCGGCUCUGGGCCAUGCGCCACAACGCCUGGUACGCGGCCCUGGCCCUGCGGCCCGGCUGCCAGGGCUACUCCACGGAUGUCUGUGUGCCCAUCUCCCGCCUGCCCGACGUGGUAGUGGAGACCAAGCAGGACCUGCAGGACUCCGGCCUCACCGGACCCAUGGUGGGACACGUAGGAGAUGGCAACUUCCACUGCAUCCUCAUCUUCAACACCCAGGACCCGGAGGAGGCCCAGCGCAUCCACGCCUUCACCCAGCGCCUGGGCAGGCGGGCACUGGCGGCAGGGGGCACCUGCACCGGGGAGCACGGCGUGGGGCUGGGCAAGCGGGCGCUGCUGCUGGAGGAGCUGGGCCAGGAGGGGCUGGACACCCUGCGCUCCAUCAAGGCUGCUCUGGACCCCUACAACCUCAUGAACCCCGGCAAGGUGCUCUGAGGGGGAGCACUGGCACUGAACCGGCAGAGGGGAGCUGGGAGUCAAGGCUGGGGUGGCCACACUGCCCUGCACUGCCACUUUGUGUCCCCACAAAUCCCUCCAUCCCCACCUCAGGGGGUCAGGGAUCCUCAAACCCCAAAUAAACCCCUUUGCACCCCAUA